CUCACUUUAUUUUCGUGUACGUACACGCAAUACAUACGCACGUAGAAUGCUCUUUGGGCUUCGGUUCGCGUGUUCAGAUGAUGGUAAAGAAAGUGCACUCCUACAAGGUGAUUUCGCUGAUGCACAAGCUAAAGGCCGCCAAGGUGAUUCCGUCGAGCAUUGUGCCCAACUACGAAAAUCCGUACCGGGUGUCGUUGACCUUCCUUAACAGGCUGUGCACCAACAUUCCGUUCUAGAUGUUUGGGAUAGUGUACGAUACAUGCGACUGGUCGACUGGCUAGAGGCGCCAGGGCAGUACAUUCAGGUCAAUCUGGAGCUGCACAACACUUUCAAGGCCGACGAUCUGGGCAAGGUAUUUAUUCAGUUAAAGGUGGUGGAGCGCAGGAAGCAGACCAGAAACACCGGAAAUCAAGCCGGAGCCGGACCCCAAGAGGUUCCCAUUCUACUACUUGACCCAUUCGAUCAAGAAAUUGACCAAGAUCCCGUUGCACUUUUUCUGCUUGUUGAACAGUUUUCGCGUGCGAAUGUAUGUACUUGCGAAACUAUUUCAGAUCAAACUGUCAGCGAACAUUUGCAAAUUACGAAACAUGGACGGUGAAGGCCAUCAAGAAGAAUCUGAAGAAAUGCAAGUGGGACGCGGCCCGGUACGCGCUUCAUCUUUUGGCCGAUUUGUUAAAUUGUCACGUCAUCUCUCUUGUUGCUCUAGCCGUUGGCCUAGGUUGGCCGGGAGUUGUACUAGAAGAAGGAAUCGGCGGUGGAAAAUUUGCUGGGUCGGAUUUAGGUGUUUUUGAACAAGCGCACCAAGAAGCAUCAUAAUUCGCCUAAUUCGCAGGAGUUUACCAAUUUUAACUGACAGAAUCUAUAUCAACCAAAAAAGAAAACAAAUUCAGGAGCACAAGAACAAAAAGGCUCGAAAUUCAUAAAUAAUUUUAAACAUGUCAUGUUUCUGAUGUUUGUUACUUUAUGUCAUUUGU